AACUACGUUACGGUAUUAACGAAACGACACGAAGGCGAAUCAGUUCCGGCGACAGGUUACUAUGUAUUCUAAAUUGGGUUGAAUACUCGUAUACCAAAGAUGACAGAUGAAAGAAAGCAACAAAGUAGGUUGACCAGAAGGAUCAACAAAUCAGUGUAUAAUAUAUCACCGCCGAGUCUAGUGAAAUCAAGAUGGAUGCAGGUCAUUCUCCUAGGGAUCAAAGUCAUUGCACUUGUGCUCUUCUACUAUACAUUUUCAAUUAGUCUCACAUUCUACAACAAAUGGCUAUUUCAGGAUUUUAGAUACCCACUUACUAUCACCAUCAUUCACCUUGCUGUGAAGUUUGUUUUAGCUCUUAUUGUGAGAAGUUUGCUCAGAGCUUGUACCUCAAUAAAACCAGUCUCUCUCAACUGGACAACGUAUCUUAAGAUAGUCACACCAACAGGCAUGACAAGUGCGUUGGACAUUGGAUUUUCAAACUGGAGUCUUGUAUUCAUUACCAUUUCCUUGUAUACAAUGUGCAAGUCAUCUGCAAUCAUUUUCAUCCUCAUCUUUGCAAUAGUUUUCGGUCUUCAAAAACCACAUUGGAUGCAGGUUAUCAUUGUAGUGCUCAUAGCUGUGGGUCUAUUCAUGUUUACGUAUGAAUCAACUCAAUUCAACCUUGAAGGAUUUAUCUUAGUGCUUGCAGCAUCUGUUCUCAGUGGUCUUAGAUGGUCAUUAGCUCAAAUAUUAACUCAAAAGCAAGAAACAGGUCUACAUAAUCCUAUAGAUAUAAUAUACCAUCUACAGCCUGUGAUGAUAAUUGGGUUGCUCCCACUUGCUGUCGGUGCUGAAGGAGUAAAGAUCUGUACAACAGAGGCCUUUCUAGGUUUUAGUGACAUUCAGGUGCUUAUAGGAACAUGUGCCAAACUUCUGCUGGGAGCUUGUUUGGCUUUUAUGUUAGCCAUGUCAGAAUACUUACUUCUACGGCAAACAUCAACGUUAACUCUGUCAAUAUCAGGAAUAUUUAAGGAGAUCUGUACUUUAUACAUUGCCUCAAAAAAGGGAGAUGAAAUGUCACUUGUAAAUUUCCUAGGAAUGAUCGUCUGUUUGUCUGGAAUAUCAUUACAUGUGGGAUUGAAAGCAAUAGAAACAAAAAGUUCUUCAAAAAUGUCUCCAAAUGAUAUCAAUGGGGACAUGGAAAACCUUCUAAAUGAUGAUGGAAGCAGCGAUGAGGAUGAGCUCUUUGUCAGGAAAAGGAUUGAUACACAGUUAUAGUAGGAGGCCUGUCAGAAUAGGCAGCUGAAGGGAUUACAGGUGCCAUUUUAUUUAUAUUACAGUGACUGUACAGUUUUGGAUCAGGAGGGGUGGUGUUUCACAAAGAUCUAAGUAUGACGUAGAGUUGCACCUCGAUGUCAAAUUGCGUGCCGAAUAAAAGGCAUUACCGCAUUGGUCAAAUCAUGCUAAGAAGACGUGCACUGCUUCGUAUUAGUCAAUAAGAUUGCAUGUUAAAUAAUCAUGUGUGCUUCUGCACUAAGCAUGACUUUAAGUCACACUACACCCCACCCCCAGGAGAGUCUUUCACUAACCUUUGUUGGCUGACAAGUUGUAGGAUCAUAACACUUUCCUUGACUCUGAUUGGCUGAGAAGUACAGUUCCUAUGGUUACUGUUGUAUCAAACUUACUUUGUCGCAUAUGACGUCCUUUUUAAUGACACACUCCCUGGGGCAGGGACCCCCCCCCCAUGACAUAUAGCAAUAGCCAUUGAUAUUUGUGACUGGUUAUUACAAUUCAUUAUACACAAUAAUUAAUGCAACCAAUGACAGGGACCUGAAUUAAUUGUUAAUUGAAAAAACCCUAAUAUUGUACAAAGACAACAUAGAAUAUCAAUAUGAAAUUAUUUCACCAACACUCACACAUUCAGUUUGCCCAUUGUAAUGGGAUUAUAACCUUGAAAAUGAAAAUAGCUAAAAUGGUGCCCAUUUUCAAGAAAGAAAAUUCCUACAUGUAUUGGGAUGUGCCAUCCAUUUGCUUUGUUUUCAGCUUAUUAGAUUCUGGAGAAGUUAAUCUCUUUGUGAAUUAUCAAAAUUAAUGUUUGAAAAUUCAAAACCCCACUUUCGAUAUACAUGUACAUGUAAUGUACUUUUCAUUAACAAUAUUUUGUUGGCUAUUAAUGAUGGCCUGCACACCUUAGAUAUAUUUAGACUACUUUAAUGCUUUUUAUACCAUUGAUCAUAAUGUUCCAUUGCAUGCAUUAUCUUUUAAUGAUCUUUAAGUGAAUGCUUUCAAGUGGUUCAGAAGUUUCUGUCUGAAAGAAAGCAGUUUGUCUGUAGAGAUGGGGUAAAUUCUUGUGCGUAGCCUGUUUUUUGUGGAGUAUCACAAGGAUCUAUCCUUGUCCCAAUUCUUAUUCUGCUACGUAUUAUUAAUUAUUUCUCCCAACUCCUUGAAAAUUUUACUUUCAUCUUUUUAGUUGUGGACUACUCUUGUGUAUUAAUUCUGACAAAGAACUCGGACACUUAUUGCAACAUAUAAACCUAUCGUGACUUGGAUAAUGGUAACAGUUUAUGUCUAAACGUUUUGAAAACUAACAAACAGUAAUUCUUUGUGACCUGUACCUGCACAAAAUUCUUAAGAUAUUUGCCCAAGGGCUGUGCUCGAUGGCAUAGUCAGACCAGUGCCGUACCUAUGAGCCAAAAGAAACAACCAUGUCUUGAAUAUCAGUCCGUGUAUUUUUUUAUGAACCCAAUUGAUAUAAAUUCUAGAUCUCCAAAUAGUAUAACUAGGUAGGAAAUAGCAUCCAGUGGACCAGCUAAAUAUUACACAUUUACUCUGUCGUUCGGCUAUCCUUACUACCUAGGAUUAGGCCCUGUCCUUUGUUAGAGUUAAGUUGAUUAAAAUCUGUCUGGUAGAAGUUUUCAGACAUUCAGGAAGUGUCAUGAAGCAAGCUGUAGUCCAUCAGAAUAAUUGACAAAACAGAGACUGAAGCUUUUGUUCUAAGUUAGACCUUGCUCAAAAACUAUUUAAAAACAAGAUUUGGUCUUAUGUGUCAUUACCUUUCAACCAGUCACAUCACUUUAUAUUUUUUACAUUCUUGACAAGAAUUUCCAUGAUCUUUGGCAAUGUUAACUCACAAAAUUUCAUGUAUACAACUGUAGUUUCAUUGCAAAAUAGGAUUUUACAAUGUAUUUUUAUCCCUCUGAUCACUACUUUGGAGACUUAAUGUCAUGCAAAGGUUAUGGAAGUCAUUUUUUUUUACUUUUAGAAGCAAGGUGUGAAAUAUUAUCCUUGAUCUGGCAAUGGCGGAGGCAUAGGCCUGUAUUCUGAAGUUGGGUUUAAUUUAACCUCUGGUUUUAAGUUGUGGUUUAACUAUGGAAAGCCAGUUGUUACCUAAAUCUCUAAUAGUAGAGGCUCAAUGUAUCAGCUCAUUUGACUCCCAAAACAAU